AUGAUCUGCAGAAGCUGCCGAACAGGCAUUCUGUCCCGGCUUCAGCAGCAACAGGCCGUAUCAUGGACUGCAUCAACAAGCGCACGCCAGCUGCCAAUUGCCCGCAGCCAGUUCCGACUCUACAGCGAUAGUGGUGCGAAUCCCUCUGUGGCCGCUCCCCCUCCUCCAUCAACUCCGCGCCAGCCUACCACUGGCGAUGUCACCAUUCCGUCCGCAAUCUCCUCCGCCACCCCCAGUGUCUCCCAGCCCUUCAGCUCCGCAGACGGUGUGCACACCGAGGCGCACCCAGGUACACCAGGCAAGACCAUUACGCGUCCCCCGAGUAGCUGCCCAGCGGGCACCAAGAUGAACGGCCUGAACUACUUCCGCAACAAACCCGAGGUUGUCGCCAAGGAGGACUCGGAGUACCCAGAAUGGCUCUGGGACUUGCUAGCUGAUUCAAGCAAGCAGUCUAAGACUGAAAAGGGCGGUGUCGACCCUAGCACCCUGAACAAGAAACAACGGAAGCGCUACGAGAAGAAACUCGCCGCUCGCACCCAAGCUCUCCCUCCCAAGAUCCCCGCGCACCACCACGCCUACGAUAUUACACCGGCAUCAUACAACCGUGACGCACCCGUGGACGGCAUCGCCGAGGCCACCGAGGGUCUUGGCAAGCGCCAGGAGGUUACCAAGAGUGCCAGAGAAGCCCGGCGGAAGGCGAUCAAGGAGUCCAACUUCCUGCGCGGCCUGUAA